AUGUCAAGUUCAACUACUACUACUACUGAAGCUCCAGUAGCUGCUCAAGUUUCACUGAGAAGAAAACCUCAAAAUAAAAAAAGAGGUGCAACCGAUUUCAUUGCUGGUGGUGUUGCCGGUUUAUUCGAAGCAUUAUGUUGUCAUCCAUUAGAUACCAUUAAAGUUCGUAUGCAACUUUACAGAAGAUCAGGACAAAAACCACCUGGUUUCAUUAAAACAGGUAUAGAUAUUGGUUCUAAAGAAGGUGUUUUAGCUCUUUAUAAAGGUUUAGGAGCAGUUGUUAUUGGUAUUGUCCCAAAAAUGGCUAUUCGUUUUAGUUCUUAUGAAUUUUAUCGUUCAUUAUUUUAUGAUGCUCAAGGUAAUAUUACUACUGGGAAAACUUUUAUUGCUGGUGUAGGUGCAGGUAUCACUGAAGCAGUUAUGGUUGUUAAUCCUAUGGAAGUUGUUAAAAUUAGAUUACAAGCUCAACAUCAUUCCAUGAAGGAUCCUUUAGAUAUUCCAAAAUAUAGAAAUGCUCCACAUGCUGCAUAUAUCAUUUGUAAAGAAGAAGGUUUUAAGACUUUAUAUAGAGGUGUUUCUUUAACUGCUGCAAGACAAGCUAGUAAUCAAGGGGUUAAUUUCACCGUAUAUUCCAAAAUAAAAGAAUAUUUACAAGAUAGACAAGAUACUGAAGUUUUACCAUCUUGGCAAACUUCUGGUAUUGGGUUGAUUUCUGGUGCUUUAGGUCCUUUAUCAAAUGCUCCUUUGGAUACUAUUAAAACUAGAUUACAAAAGACCGCUUUCGCAUCUAAUGAAUCUGGUUUAGUUCGUAUUGUUAAAAUUGGUAAACAAUUGAUUAAAGAAGAAGGUAUUCAUGCCUUGUAUAAAGGUAUUACUCCAAGAAUUUUAAGAGUUGCUCCUGGUCAAGCUGUUACUUUUACUGUUUAUGAAUAUGUUAAGGAUUUAUUAACUAGUGAUGUUAAAGUUGUAUUAAGUGCUACAGAAGCUAAUAACACUAAGAAAUUAGAAUAA